AUGACGUGCCGAUAGCGAGCCUUUUUACCGCGAGGAACCUUGGCUUAGAGUCGCGCUUCCCGAGCGCAUGCUCCAGGACGAGAACGGCGCGGGUAUCCGCGCGGAGGAGCGUCGACUCUUUGGCCUGUUGGACAAGGUCAUCGCCGUAGGAGCGCCCUGCCGCACCCUCUUGACGGCCGACUUCGGCGUGCGGGAAGAAGCUAUCGUCGUCGUCGAGCCCACGUUUGCCCCGUUGGCACCGAACGUCGCUGUGGCCGCUUCUGCUUCCACCGCAGCCGCCGCCGCUACUGCCAUCGAAGCGGGUGCCGUGCCUCCAGCCGCUUGGGUUGACAUCUCGAACGAGCGUCCUCCAAGGUUCGUAUCAGUCGGCACCCUGUGUCCUCGGAAGGGCCAGAUUGGUCUUAUCGCCGCCCUCAGGGCCGCCUGCGCCUCACAGCCGAAGCAAGUAGGCGGCUCCGUGCUCACGCUCAUCGGCGGCGAGGCGGCCGAUCCCGCCUACGCCGAGGCCGUCAGGGCGGCUGCGGCGGCGGCAACCGCCGGGGCCGGCGAUGAGAGUAGAGGAGGCGCCAAAGGGAAAGGACCGGGGCUGUUGGAGGUGCGGCUGCUAGGAUCCUUGCCGCGGGAGGAGACCCUCGAGCACGUGGACGCGAGCGACGCCUUUUUGUUGAACUCCUGUUCCGAGAGCUGGGGCGUGGCCCCGGUAGAAGCGGCCCUGCGCGGGGUGCCAGUGCUCUCCACGCGGGUCGGUUGGUUGGCUCAGUCGUUACCCGCCGAGUCGACUUUAUGGGUUGGUUCGGGCCGGGCCGGGCGAGGACAUGCUUCCGACGGCGGCGACGGGGUCGGGCUUGCGUCGGCGGCAGAGUGGAGACAAGCGCUUCUCCGGUUCGCGCACGCCCGGCAGCAAUUGAGGAUCGAGGCGGAGCGUGCGGUGCCGGGCCUCGCUGAGCGGUUCUGCCGAGCGGUGGCGGCGGACACGCGAGGCCAAGCCGUCCGGACUCUUAUGGAAACAACGACGUGGAAAAGAUGCACCCGUGCUCCUUGCAGCCGUUCUCAUCUCCUGGGGGAAUAUGAGCUGUCGAACGGACCUACUGAUCCUUCGACCACCACCAUUACAGCCGUCACAGAUCAAGAGCGGGUGAGAAAGGCCACAGUGAACAACGCGCUCGCUUGCGUGUGCGCGACCUGCGUCUCGUUCAGCGGCGCCGGCGGCGCGGCGGCAGGCCUCGCGGCCCUGGUCGCUGCGCAGUGCCUACUUCUUGUCGGACUGGCCCCGCCUUGCUCGCCGGCAAACCUCGUCACCGUUUUUCGGAGCUUCAUUCCGCCGACGGUGGUGUGGUUCAUGGCUGGGUCGGAUUUCGGCCAGGUGUCGAUGGCUGACGUGACUGUCUUCGGAGUGCUUUUCGUGCUGCUCGACGUGGCGGACGGUAUCCUGGCGCGGCGAUCGAAGUCUGGGCCCACGCGCGUCGGGGCGGCUCUUGAUGUCGAGAGCGAUUCCAUUGCCGUACUGUUCCUUAGCCUUGCGGCUAGCCGGAAGGCGUGGCGUGGGGGGGUUAUCGCAGGCGUCCUCCGGUACCUCUUUGUGUUGGCCACCGGCGCUCGCGAGCUCCCGCCCUCGCCCAUUGGCCCCGCCGGGCGGUGGGUCGCCAAAAUGGCCGCUCUUGCUAGCGUUGCUGCUCUUGCGGCUUCCGUCGGAAACGGCGCCGUAAGGAACGGCGGCGGCGGCGGCGGCGGCGGCGGGGAUGCCGACACGGCGGUGUUUGAGGGAACCGGAGCGGAGGGAUGGUGGGUGCGGGGCGGGGCGGAGGGUUCGUCCCCUUUGCUGUGCGCGGUCGGAGUGGCCGUGUUGUGCGCAUCAUUUUCGAUCGACUUCUUUCAGAUUUGGGUCCUGUUGCCGCGCGAGGAGGCGGCGGCAGCGGCGGCGGCGGCAGCGAGCGCGGUCACGAAUGAAACCGUCGGGAAUGGCAGCGUCCUCGGCGGGGCGGACGAGGCCCCUUCGACCAAGGCGAUCGCCGCCGUCGGCGAGGAAGGGGCGGGGAGGGAGGGCGCCAGCAAGAACGGCCUCAGCAACAUAACGGCGGCGACAUAUGUCGCCGAAGGGAGUGCACCUAGCCACGGCUAACGGAGAUGGGACCCCGAAAGAUCGGUGGGCUGUGCGUGCCGACCGGCAAGCGCUCGGGUUGUGCGACAGGCAUCAUCGAAACGUAGAAUCGCUGCGACAAAGGAGGACGGUGGGGGCUCCGGAAAAACGGCAACGGCGAUACCUGUGUGUUUUAUUCUGCGAUGACUUGUUACAAUAUUGAGUGAUUUCGGAUGGCCUCGGUGAAAAUGGCUUCGUUGGUUUCAAGGCUUACGAGCGAAUACUGUGUCAUUGUUGUCGUUCUGAGCAGCUUCAAGCAAGUUAAGAUAUGUGUUUCAGUUUGAUUUGCGGACGGGACUGUGCGCUCUUGCUUUCGCUGAGAGCAGCCAGCUUGGUUCGGGUUGAAGAAUAUUGCGGACAUGUUUUUGUGAGAUUAACCAAGGGUCAUUUGCCACAUUGCAAGUGUGUUGGCACCAAAACAACUACGGGGUCGCUGUACGUUUAGACUAUUAUUUGGGAUACCCAACGGUCGGUAUGGUCCACGGAGCCCCAGAGGGCGGAUUCUGAUGAGAAUCGAGCAUAGUUGUUGCAACAGGGGAGCUGUUACCAGAAGCAUUGGGACCAUGACAGCAUCACUUUGUUACUGAGGCUUUCCCAACAUUGCUUUCACCUCCUCUGUCGGUUUUCCAUCAUUAGUUUGAUGGUGUACUUUUUAUGGACAUGGCAUUGAAUUUUGGUGUUGGGGUUGUUUUUCUUCAAGAGGAUUGUCUGGACAUGUUUGGUAUGAUUUGAAGGGAACAAAGCAGAUUAUCAUGUAUUCAUUGCAGGGCGUUCACAACCCUUGACACUUAGAUUGGUCGCCAGGACUUGUUCAUAUGGAACACUGUGUUGUACAGCGGUAGCUCGUUUAAAUGAGCUUGUUUCUGUUCUGGGUUAUCAUGGGCAGUUGGCUAUUCGGAACGUUCGGGUGGGGACAUGUAUUGUGUUUGAUGAUCUCCGCUUACAGCACCACCUCUUUUUUCGUGUUUGUCGUGGUGUACGACUGUUUAUUGUUCCGAAAGCCCGUGCAGUGUAUCGUUUCGGUCCUAUGUGUGGUGUAGUCGCGGCGCGGCGCGUCCAUGUGUGUACAGCUAUACCGUUCGAUGUUGCGCACAUUUGUUUGAAAGGCGUUAUUUCGUGGAGAUUGUUCGGCUUGCUAUGCGUGUCGCAUUUUUUUCGCGCGCUUUGACCUGUGUAUGACACUCCCUCCCAUUUGUAUUGCUACUAUUAUUAUUUGUGAUUGUUGAAGUGUAGCUUUGCUUAAUAACUUAGUUUGUGUCGGGGCGCGGCAGGUUGCGUUGCGAGUGGACAAGGGAAGGUCUUCGAUCUCAUGUGAAGUGAUUCCGUUAGGCCCGUGUGUGCCCUCUUUGUGUCCCACAGGCAUAGGCAGAUAGAGAGUCUUGAUUCGCAUUCUGUCAAUUGAUACUUGAGGGCCUAGUUGACGUGUUGUAGUGCCCGCCGUCACCCAGCUGCUUGAAACUUCUGGUGGCGUCAAGGACGCCAAGACAAGUGAUUGGCGGUUGUCGUCAUCAUAUGAUAUGGCGGCCGGCACGGAUAUUCAUUGUCUCGGCAGUGUUGUUCUGUCAUUAGCGCGUACGAGAUAGGAAUAGUCGCAGGCGUGACGAGCCGACUACAAAAAAAAUGGUAACUAUUGUAGCGCCUGUAUCUGUAUGCGGGACGGUGCAGGUGGCGCAAAGGUCUCGUUGCUUGGUUGAGUUGGUCGCGCAC